UGGUGUGUUGUCCAUUCCCUAUUGUGACAUUCUCCUAUUAUUCGGUCACAAUGGAUAUUCAAUAAUAGUAUCUGUGAAGCGAUAUACCAAAGUAACCUUAGUCCUUUUCUCAGUGGGCAAUGAAUGAGUGUGAAGAAAAGGAACCCCAUUUGGAAAGAAGACUUUUCUCUUUAAAUAUUGGUAACCAAGUGACUGUACCUGUAUUGUUCCUCACUACUUUAGAAGCUCAAAACAUUUCCUUUGAGAAAGUUUCGUCAGUUGUCUUAACUUGGAGUCAGUCACACUUGGAAGCACUGUUGAAUGUGGAUAGGAGUUUAGUAGAAGCUGGAGUCACUUGUUUCCAGAUUGAUGGUUUUCAAGUUCGUCUUUGGGUUGAAAACGAGGAGCUGGGAGGUUAUCAAGGCUGGUUCCGAUCUUCAGAUCGAAUACAAGUCAACCCUACAAGUAGAAAGCGAUUAGUUGUUUUAGCUCAUUAAGUUUAUAUUAUAUUGUAAGGAUGCGUUGAAAGAGAAACUUCUUCUUUGUUUACAAAAGUGAGGUUUAUAAACACUUUGGGAAGAAAAUACAUUCCACUCCAGUAGUUGGAUAGAGCAUAUUCUGUUUGUCUAUUCUCAGGGACAUACUUACCUCAAGCAUGCUUCUCCAGCCUUGCUCUCAUUUCAUGUCCUCGUGACGAGAUGUCUUU